AUGCGGGCACAGGAUGAUCCUUGGUUUUCCGAAUACCUCCUAAGGAUCGGCAAUGGAACAAAAGAGACUAUUGGCAACGACUAUGUGCGUCUCCCUGAUGAAAUUGUGAUUGGCUACACCGAGAAUAAAAAAGCUAUUAACAGGCUCAUCGAAGAUGUCUUCCCUGCGCUGCAUGCCAAUGCUAGAUCGAGAGAGUACAUGAGUGCACGUGCAAUUCUUUCGAUCAAAAAUGAGCAUGUGGAUGCUCUAAAUGACAAGAUGAUCUCCAGGUUUCCAGGUGAAGAAAAGUUAUACCAUAGCUUCGACUCAAUCGAGGAUGACUUGCAGAAUAAUUACACAAUUGAUUUUUUGAACUCAGUCACACCAAAUGGAUUGCCACAGCAUGUUUUGAGAUUAAAGGUUAACUGCCCUGUCAUUCUACUUCGGAACCUUGACCCUCAUAAUGGCCUAUGCAAUGGAACACGACUUAUGAUCAGAGCCUUCCAGGAUAAUGCAAUCGACGCGGAGAUAGUUGGUGGUCAGCAUGCUGGAAAGAGGGUGUCAUACCUAGGGUCCCUAUGUCGCCUUCGGAGAACAUCUCACUUCCCUUCAAACUCAAGAGAAAACAGUUUCCCAUCCGCCUAA